AUGAACCAAAACUCGAGACUAAGGCAACUCACCCACCACGACCGCAUUAUCAAUGACACAUACCCCGACAGUCUACUCGACUCAGGGUGGGGAUGGAAGUUGCGGUCACGUUCUCUCCCGGUGGAUCCAGGUGCGCAUUGUUCGGGGGAGCAAUACAUCUUUUGUGAUUUUGAGGUGAUCGAGAAAGGACUGUGCAAAGAAGGAGAAAGAGAAGGUGAUGGAGAGAGGGAGGCAAUUGGCUUUUCUCUGGUACGUGAGAUGCUCCAUACUAAAGUCGUACACCGUCGAGAUUUACUUGGUUUUCUUGGUUCGAUGGGCUCGCAUGCCUUUCAGUCUAUGGGGGAGUUUUGGUGCUACUCGGCGGUGCGAUACGGAUCGGUUGGAAUCGAGCGGAUACGUUUACUUUCCCGAGGAUCACGGGAACAAGAAACAGAUGGAGGGAAUAUCCUACUAGCCUAG